AUACGACAGUCAGUCGAGACAAGCCGCAUUCCAAAAGAUAUAAGGAGAGCAAUUCAAGACGGGGCCUUAGGAUCAUCCCUCAUCUCUUCAGAGACCAUCGAACAGCCCUCAAGGCCUUCACUACCACCACUCCUUUUCAAGAACAACAACUACAUCCAUCCAACCCCCACUUAUGCAAAUGUCCCACUCCGACGCCCCCUCUGAGAAGGAUAUGCAGGUCAAGGGCGAUCACAUGGUCACCGACGAGGAGCUGGCGCCCGUCGUUUCGAGGGCGCCUACCCAAGUCUCCCAGGUCUUCUCGACCGACACCGUAGAUGGACCUGACAUGCGUGGUGUCUCAUGGUUCGGUGCAGCAUGCUUGCUCUUCAAGGUACAAUUCGGUCUUGGUGUCCUCGGUCUGCCCAAGACCUUCGACGCACUCGGCUUCGUCCCUGGCAUGAUCAUCUUGCUCCUCCUCUGCGUUGUCUCGACUUGGACCGGUCUCUUCAUCGGCAAAUUCCGUGAACGCCACCCGGAUGUUCACUCGGCUGGUGACGCUGCUGGUGUCCUCCUCGGUCGAUGGGGUCUCGAGCUCGGUGGACUUGGUCUCUGGCUCUACUACACGAUUGGAUACGGUGGUACGAUUCUCACCUUCUCCAUUGGCAUGAACAUCAUCACCGGCCAUGCCAUCUGCACUCUUGGCUGGCUCGGCAUCGGCGCUGCCAUUGCUGUCAUUGGUGGCAUGUUCACUCGUACUUUCAAGCUCAUGCAGUACAUGAGCUACGCCGCCUGCGCCUCGAUCGGUAUCGCCGUUUGGAUCGUCGCCAUCGCUGCCCUCGCUCAGGACCAGCCCGCCGACGCACCCGCUGGUGAGACGAUCAACAAGGACAUCCAGGCCAUCAAGAGCGCUGGCUUCAGCGUCGCCCUCUCUGCCAUCUCCACUCAGGUCUUCUCCCUCGCCGGUCACGCCGGAUUCUUCUCCAUCCACGCCGAGAUGCGUCACCAGCACGAGUACAGGAAGGCUUUCCUCACUUGCCAGGCCGCCGUCUGCGCCAACUACAUCAUCAUCCCCUGCAUCCUCUACGGCAAGGUUGGCCAGUACAUUGCCUCGCCCGCCCUCCGAUCCGCCGGCACUCUCAUCGCCCAGAUUGCCUACGGUAUUGCCCUCCCCGCUCUCGUCUUCUCGACCUUCUUCCAGGCUCACUUCUCGGCCAAGUACGCCUUUGUCCGCUGCCUCCGUGGUACCAAGCACUUGCAGUCAAACACUGCCGUCCACUGGAUCACUUGGCUCGCCAUGAUGGGACUUGUCCUCGUCGUCGGUUUCAUCAUCGCCACCGUCGUGCCCUUCUUCGGUGACCUCAUCUCUCUCUCGGGUGCUCUGCUGGGCUCUACUUUCACCCUCACCCUUCCUGGCGCCCUCAUGAUCUACGAGAAGUCCAAGGACUACGAUGGCUUCAAGGGCUACCUCGCCGCUCUCAGGCCCGGCAACGGGCCCCUGCGCCGAACCAUCUACUGCUGGGCAGCUGCGCUCACGUUCAUCGGCGGCCUCUUCGUCACCGUUGGCGGCGUCUACGCUACUAUUGACUCGAUCAUCCAGUCCUACGCAAACGGCACCGUCGGCUCUGCCUUCUCGUGCGCCGACAACUCUGGCAACUAAGCUACUUCCAUUCCCUCGCAAUCGGUCAAUCCUUUGCUUCUCGUCAUUGUCUCAAUAACUCUUGUAUUCUAGAUCAACCUACCCUCACGUCUCAUUACGAAUCGCA